AUGCUUGAAACUGCUUUGGUAUUUCGAAAGGCAUUUGAUAAGUUGGAAGAUUUGGAUACGAAAUUUUUGAACGAGUUCGGCGAUCAAAUGCCUUGUGAGAAAGACUGGAACUAUGUUGCCCAUUUUACUAAAUUUUUGAAACGCUUUUAUGAUGUUACUUGUAAGUUGUCUGGAACGUUGUAUGCUACAUCGAACAUGUAUUUUCCUGAAAUUGUUCGUACUCUGAAGGAAAUUGAAAACUUUGAGAAGAGUAAUGACACAUGUUUGAAGGAAAUGGGGAAACAAAUGAGGGAUAAAUUUGAUAAAUAUUGGGGGUCAAUUAACAAAAUAAACUUGAUGCUUUUGAUUGCCGUGGUACUUGAUCCUAGAUACAAAAUUAAAUAUUUGAGGGUCAAGUAUGCAAUCCAUUAUAAUGAAAAAGAAGCUGAUGAAUUGGUGGAUAAGGUGAUCAAAGCUUUGAGAAUUUUGAUUGAGGAUUAUAGGGUCUUGAAUGAAACUGGAAGAGGUGAAGGGAAAGAGAAAGCAAUUGAGUUUGAGAAAGAGGUUGGUGAAGAUGUUAACAUGGAUGAUGUUGAUGAUUUUUUUUUGGAAGAAGAGAAUCAACAAAGGGCAUCUAGUAAAGAUGAACUGGAGAGGUACCUGGAAGAAUUGUCGGAAAAAUACCGGGUUGAUUUUGACAUUUUGGCAUGGUGGAAAGUUAAUUCAGUGAGGUAUCCAAACUUAAGUUGUGUCGCUAGAGAUGUUUUGGCCAUUCAAUCGUCGACCGUUGCUUCUGAAUCUGCGUUUAGCACCGGUGGUAGAACUUUGGAUCGUUUUAGGAGUUCUUUAACUCCUACUACAGCUGAGGUGCUUAUAUGCUGCCAAGAUUGGUUAUGA